AUGACGAAGCCGCGUGUUGGUAUCAACGGAUUUGGCCGCAUCGGGCGAUUGGUGCUGCGCGCCGCCGUCGAGAAGGACACGGUCGAGGUCGUCUCUGUCAACGACCCCUUCAUCGAUAUUGGUUACAUGGUCUACAUGUUCACCUAUGACUCAACGCACGGUCGCUUCAAAGGCGAGGUCAAGGCUGAUGGCAACACCCUCAUCGUCUCCAACGGCAAAACCACUCACAAGAUUGCCGUCCAUAACAGCCGCGACCCGGCCGAGAUUCCAUGGGGUCAGGAUGGAGCCGACUUCAUCGUCGAGUCGACCGGCGUUUUCACCACCAUCGAGAAGGCAUCUGCUCACCUGAAGGGAGGCGCCAAGAAGGUCAUCAUCUCUGCCCCCUCCGCCGAUGCUCCGAUGUUUGUCAUGGGUGUCAACGAGUCGCUCUACAACAAGGAGAACGACCAUAUCAUCUCCAACGCCUCGUGCACCACCAAUUGUCUGGCCCCGCUCGCCAAGGUUGUUCACGACAACUUCGGAAUCCUCGAAGGCCUCAUGACCACCGUGCACGCCGUGACGGCCACGCAAAAGACUGUCGACGGGCCCUCUGGCAAGCUGUGGCGCGAUGGACGCGGAGCCGGCCAGAACAUUAUCCCAGCCUCCACCGGAGCCGCCAAGGCUGUUGGAAAGGUGAUCCCCGCUCUCAACGGCAAGCUGACUGGCAUGGCCUUCCGCGUGCCCACCCCUGACGUUUCCGUCGUUGAUCUCACCUGCCGCCUGGAGAAGCCGGCUGAUCUCGAUGCCAUCAAGAAGGUCGUCAAGGAGGCAGCCGAAGGCCCGCUGAAGGGAUACUUGGGCUACACCGAGGAUCAGGUUGUGUCCACCGACUUUGUCGGCGACACUCGCUCGUCCAUCUUUGAUGCCGGAGCGUGCAUCAGUCUCAACCCGCACUUCGUCAAGCUCGUCGCGUGGUACGACAACGAGUAUGGCUACUCCAACCGCGUCGUCGACCUCAUCUCUCACAUUGCCAAGGCU